AGCACCAGUUCUACCACAAAUGGGCAAUCCUUUCUGACCCUGAGGACCUCACUGCUGGGCUGAAAGGUUACCUGAAGUGUGGGAAAGGGGACAACAUCAAGACACCGCACAAAGCCAACGAGACGGAGGAGGAUGACAUUGAAGGGAACCUCCUCCUCCCAGAUGGGGUCCCUCCGGAGAGGCAGUGGGCUCGUUUCUACAUCAAGAUCUAUCGGGCAGAGGGACUGCCCCGUAUGAACACCAGCAUCAUGGCCAACGUGAAGAAGGCUCUCAUUGGGGAGAACAAGGACUUGGUAGACCCCUACGUGCAGGUGGUCUUUGCAGGGCAGAAGGGGAAGACAUCUGUACAAAAAAGCAGCUACGAGCCUCUCUGGAAUGAGCAAAUAGUCUUCACAGAAAUGUUCCCCCCAUUGUGCAAGAGGAUAAAGAUCCAGAUCCGGGACUCGGACAAAGUCAACGACGUGGCCAUUGGGACCCAUUUCAUUGAUCUGCGGAAGAUCUCCAACGAAGGAGACAAAGGCUUCCUGCCCACCUUUGGUCCCGCGUGGGUGAACAUGUACGGCUCCACUCGCAACUACACCCUGAUGGAUGAGCACCAGGAGCUGAACGAGGGGCUGGGUGAAGGUGUCUCCUUCCGGGCCAGGCUUCUGAUGAGUCUUGCCGUGGAGAUCUUGGACACCACCAACCCGGAGAUCAACAGCUCCACCGAGGUGCAAGUGGAGCAGGCCACAUCCAUUGCUGAUAACUGCACUGGGAAGAUGGAGGAGUUCUUCCUCUUUGGAGCCUUCCUGGAGGCUACCAUGAUCGACAGGAAGAUUGGUGACAAGCCCAUCAACUUCGAAGUCACCAUAGGAAACUAUGGGAACCAGAUCGAUGGCAUGAGCAAACCCAUCCUACGGAGGAAGAAAGAGGGAGCGGAUGGGGAUGAGGAGGAGUCUGAGCUGCUCCAGAACUCGAGCGAGGAUGAAGGUGAUGAGGGUGGAGAGCUGGUCUCUGUUUCUUCCUCUCAACCCAUGAAGCCCCUGGUCACAGACAGGAACUACUUCCACCUGCCCUACUUUGAGAAGAAGCCCUGCAUCUAUAUCAAGAGCUGGUGGCAGGACCAGCGUCGCCGACUGUAUAAUGCCAACAUCAUGGACAAGAUUGCAGACAAGCUGGAGGAAGGGCUCAAUGACGUGCAGGAAAUGAUCAAGACAGAGAAGCCACACCCCGAGCGACGGCUCCGAGGGGUCCUGGAGGAGCUGAGCAGUGGGUGCUUGCGCUUCGUGACGUUGGCUGACAAGGACCAGCACCACUCUUCCCGCACGAGGCUGGACCGGGAGAGGCUCAAGUCCUGCAUGAGGGAGCUGGAGAACAUGGGGCAGCAAGCCACGACCCUCCGGUCCCAGGUGAAGAAGAACACCAUGAAAGACAAGCUGAAGCUGGUGCAAAACUUCCUGCAGAAGCUGAGGUUCUUGGCAGAUGAGCCCCAGCACACCAUUCCUGAUGUUUUCAUCUGGAUGAUGAGCAACAACAAGCGCAUCGCCUACGCCCGCGUCCCCUCCAAGGACAUCCUCUACUCCAUCGUGGAUGAGGAGAUGGGCAAGGACUGCGCCAAGGUGAAGACCAUCUUCCUCAAGCUUCCUGGGAAGAGGGGCUUUGGACCUGCUGGCUGGACAGUUCAGGCCAAGAUGGAGAUGUACUUGUGGCUGGGCCUCAACAAACAGCGCAAAGACUUCUUGAGUGGGCUGCCAUGUGGCUUUGAGGAGAAGAAGACUGCCAGAGGCCAAAACUUGCCAUCCUUCCCACCCAUCAGCCUCCUUUACACCAAGAAGCAGGUUUUCCAGCUGCGAGCCCACAUGUACCAAGCCAGGAGUUUGUUUGCAGCUGACAGCAGUGGCCUUUCGGACCCCUUUGCACGAGUCUUCUUCAUCUCCCAGAGCCAAUGCACCGAGGUUCUCAAUGAGACCCUUUGCCCCACCUGGGACCAGCUGCUGGUCUUUGACAACGUGGAGCUGUACGGAGAAGCCCAUGAGAUGCGAGAUGACCCUCCCAUAAUUGUCAUUGAGAUCUACGACCAGGACACCGUGGGCAAAGCUGACUUCAUGGGCCGCACCUUUGCCAAGCCAGUGGUGAAGAUGUCAGACGAGCACUACUGCCCCCCACGCUUCCCCCCACAGCUGGAGUACUACCAGAUCUACCGGGGCAACUCCACAGCAGGUGACCUGCUGGCUGCCUUCGAGCUGCUCCAGAUUGGUCCUGGGGGCAAGUCAGACCUGCCCCCAAUCGAUGGCCCCACAGACAUGGACCGAGGCCCCAUCCUGCCCGUGCCACUGGGGAUUCGGCCGGUGCUGAGUAAAUACAGAGUGGAGGUCUUGUUUUGGGGGCUGAGGGAUCUGAAGAGAGUGAACCUGGCCCAGGUGGACCGGCCCCGUGUGGACAUCGAGUGUGCUGGGAAGGGGGUCCAGUCAGCUCUCAUCCAGAACUACAAGAAAAACCCCAACUUCAGCACUUUGGUGAAGUGGUUUGAAGUGGACCUCCCAGAGAACGAGCUGCUCCACCCACCCCUGAACAUCCGGGUGGUGGACUGCAGGGCCUUUGGGCGCUACACCCUGGUGGGUUCCCACGCCGUCAGCUCCCUCCGGAAGUUCAUCUACCGCCCACCGGACAAGAAAGCCCAGCACUGGAAUAUGACAGCUAAACACCUCAACGGCUAUCUGGCAAUGGCCAAUGGGACCCGUCGCUCUCGCCCCACAGGGGAGAUCGUUGUCAAUAUGGAACCUGAGGUUCCCAUCAAGAAGAUGGAGACGAUGGUGAAGCUGGAAGCUAACUCCGAGGCGGUGGUGAAGGUGGACGUGACUGAGGAAGAGAAGGAGAAAAAGAAAAAGAAGAAGAAAGGAGGAGGAGGAGGAGGAGGAGAGGAAGUAGAAGAGGAGGAGCCAGACGAGAGCAUGCUGGACUGGUGGUCCAAGUAUUUUGCUUCAAUUGAGACUAUGAAGGAGCAACUCCGGCAGCAGGAAGCAGCCGCAGCAGAAGCAGAGGAGAAGGAAGACAUGGAGCUUGCAGAGGGCUCCAAGGGUCAGACAAAGAGCAAGGAGAAGUCCAAGGCACCCAAAGACGAUAAGAAAAAGAAGCAACAGCCAACCCCUGAGCUUCCUGAGAAGAAGAACAAGCAGAAGAUCGACGAGCUGAAGGUCUUUAACAAAGAGCUGGAAACAGAGUUUGAUAACUUUGAGGACUGGCUGCACACCUUCAACCUGCUCCGUGGGAAGAUUGGGGACAACGAUGACAACGCAACAGAAGAAGAGCGGAUAGUGGGGAGGUUCAAA